AUGGCCGACGCGGAAGCGCCUUAUGGCUACCUGGACCCUUCUCAGGCCAAUGCGCUGAUUUACUCGACGCUGUGUGGCUUCAUGUUGAUCGGUCUAUGGGCCGGCUACUACACACGCAACAAGCGUGAAUUCCUGAGCGGUGUUCGCACCCAGCCUGCGUUUCUAUUGGCAUUGAAUUGGAUUGCUUCGAGUUACCUCCUGGCUUUAUACCUGAACGAGUUCAUGCUCGCGAAGGGAAUGCUGUGUCGCUGCCGUUCAACCGGUGUUGAUGAUAUGUCGUCGUCUCUUCUUCAGGCAUACCCUCAAAUGGCCCUUGUGCCUGGUAUCGGUCUCUUUGGUUUGGGCGGUUACGUCUUUGCCACUGUGGCGCCUCUCUGGGCGUUUGCAUUCUUUGGACCGCUGAUUCGCAAACUGUGCCCGGAUGGAUUCACCCUAUCAGAGUACAUCCGCCGUCGUUACGGCUGGAUGCUGGGCGUGUUUAGUGGAUUGGUCUUCAUUGCGUUUAUGUUUUGUUUCAUGAUUGUGGAGCUGAAUACCUAUGGCGCUGUCGUAUCGACCAUUGUUCCAUCGCUAGAAGGACAGAAAUGGAUCCCUCCGUUGAUCGUUGCGAUCACAACAUUUUUGUACACUGCUUAUGGUGGUUUCAAGACGUCACUGUGGACCGACAAUGUGAACGCUGUGAUUGUGAUUGUGUUUAUUAUUAUCGGAGCUUGUAUGUUUGGCACGCGUUUGGAUAUCAACAAGGAUUUAAUGCACGAAAGCGAGCUCCUAGGGGCGAAUGUCCUAGGUGGCGAAAUGUGGUAUGUGCUAACGAUCUCGAUUGUGUUUGCACAAAUGUUCAAUCAAGGCUUUUGGCAACGUGCGUUUGCAUCGAGGACGAACAAAGGCCUUUGGGCAUCGGUGCUUAUGGCAACCCUACCGCUUUAUGCCAUUUGCUUUUUAGUAGGCAUGGCAGGGCCUUUGGCACUUUGGUCAGGUGUCCAACAACCCAUCAAUGAUGAUGACGACGGAUCCUUGGCCCUCUUCCGCGCGAUGCUCCACAUGCCACGAUGGGUCCACGGCAUUAUUCUUGUCCUGAGUGGCGUGUUAUCUUGCAGUGCGUAUGACACGUUCCAGUCUGCGCAAAUCAGUGUAAUCUACAGCGACUUCUUCCUUGGCAAGCUCAAUAUCUGGGCCUGUCGUGUAUUGUUGCUGCUAAUCAACGUGCCCUGUGUCUUUUUGGCCGUGUACAACAUUGAUAUCCUUCGUGUGUUCUUGAUUGCAGACUUGGCUGGCUUGGCCAUUAUUCCCGGUGUAUUCCUCGGCCUUAUCCCCGGCUUCGAUGUGUACAAUGCUGUAGACGUCGUGGUCGGUGGGUGCGGUGGCUUCUUGACUGUCUUUGUUUUCGGUACCAUCUACUACCAUGGUGACGUUCAGGCAGGUGGCAGUCUGAUUGGUCUACCCAAUGGUGUGUACACCACUUCGGACGACUACAGCAUUAUCGGUGCCUUUUUGUGCGCGCCCGUUGCCGAUAUUUGCUUUGCGCUUGCCUCAUGUGGUGUACGAAUCUUGAUUGGCUAUGUGUUCUGUCGCAUCACGGGUCGUGAGUUUACAAUGCUUAGGAAGAGGGUGUUCAACCCACGCGACUAUGCUGUGGAAGAAGACCGACCUGUGUCCUUCUUCCACCGCAUUCGCAAUGAGGAUGACGGCUUCCGCUUGGAUCCUAAGAAUGAAGAGAAUGUUGGCCCACAAAGCUGGCUCGAGCGCAAGUUGCAUUCGAACAAGUCACUCCCGUUCCAGGACCAUAUCGACAAGUUUGAAGCAACCGAGAAGGAGGACAUGGAAAGCCUUACUGGCCGUUCGCGUCAGGACGACGAGGAAAAGAUGGGCGGCUGGGAGCACGACUCUACAUCGUCCAACGAGCGCAUGCAUUCGUCGUCCCCUGAGACGCUGCGGGAGGCUGUACCAGGUCCACCACCGAUGGCGACAGUAGCACCUGUGUCUGCUAAUGGUACAGGUACAACGCAUGUACCUGACGUCAUUGCCAUGCCGCCGCCCAAGAAUUGGCAGUCAAACAACCUUUCCUAG